GGCAUUAGCAUACCACAUGGAAGACAUUUCACAACAUAGAAUCAUCAAUGAGACGAUUCAACAAGGAAACUCCGAUGUACAGCAUUUCUAUGAAAAUCAGGUGAUUUUUAUCACCGGUGGAUCUGGAUUUCUUGGAAAACAACUCAUUGAGAAAUUGUCAAGGUCUUGUAAUUACAAGAAGAUUUACAUGCUGAUGCGACCCAAGAAACAAAAAGCUAUUCACGAAAGAUUGUGUGAAAUAUUCGAAGACCCGGUUUUCGAUAACUUAAAAAAUUUUAGACCGGACUUUCGCAACAAAAUUGUUCCUGUACAAGGCGAUGUUGCACAACUUAAUAUUGGCUUAAGUGAAAAAGACAGGAGUGUGUUGAUUGAAGAGGUAGAUAUUAUAUUUCAUGAAGCAGCAACUGUAAACUUUACAGAGACUUUAAAGACAGCAACACUAACUAAUGUUCGUGGUACACGGGAAGUUCUUAAUUUGGGAGAAGAAUGCAAACGUCUCAAAGCGUUUAUUUAUGUAUCAACUGCAUAUACUCCAGCAACUACUAGUCGUGUAGGGCAAGAAAUAAAAGAAAGUUUUUAUCAAACUCCAGUGUCUCCCGAAGCUCUCAUUCAAUUUGCAGAAACAUUAGAUGAAGCAAAACUGAAUGAAAUAACGCCAGCGUUAAUCAAAGAUUGGCCGAAUAGUUACGCUUUUACUAAAACAGUCACAGAAGAUCUUGUACGUCAAAAGGAAGGGAAAAUGCCAAUCGCUGUGAUGAGACCAGCAAUAGUAAUUGGUGCAUAUCGUGAACCGUGUCCCGGAUGGAUUGACAAAAGUGCCAUGUUCGGCGCUAGUGGUUUCAUGCUCGGGGGUAUAUUGGGUAUAUUACACGUUACUAUAUCAAAAUCCGACAAUCAAAUGUGUUACGUACCCGUCGACAUUGUAAACAAUGCGUGCAUAAUCACGGCUUUCCACACAAACAAGCGAUGGAAUAAAGGAGAAAGAAGCAUUGAAAUUAUUGCCGUCGUCAGUAACAGAAAUCCAAUAACUUUAAAGGAUCAGACAGAAAUUUUCACUCGGGACGGCCCACCAUUUGCUACAGAUGCGACAGUAUACCAUCCUUUCUAUGUCACAACACAAUAUAAAUUUGUGUAUAUCAUUCUGGCGUGGAUCCUGCAUUACAUUCCUGGCUAUUUCGUUGACGCGAUUCUUUUGUUACUGGGAAAACAGCCAAUACUUUCUAAAGUGUACAACAAAGUGUACAGACUGAAUAGCGCUCUAGUUUAUUUUAUGAUGAACGAUUGGAAAUUUCAGGAUGAUAACCUCGUCAACAUGUAUCAGAGCCUUUCAACAAAUGAUCGAAUAAUAUUUUGCUGUGACGUUAAAGAAUUUAAUUGGAAUAAACAGAUGAUUACAGCUGGCAUUGGUCUCAGAAAAUAUAUUAUUAAAGACGGCCUUAAGCACACACUUUAUGGUAGAAAAAAAUUUCUAAUUCUUCAUAUCAUUCAUUAUAUCGUAACACCAUUGUACUUGUAUUCUCUCUGGAAAGUUUUUGCUUUGUGUUUAUUCGUUGUUAGAAUUGUAUUUUCAUUUUUUUCAUCGUUCAUUACCCCUACUUAAUUUAAUAUUAAUAGUUAAGUUCUGUUGGCAAUUUAUUUUAUUGAAUAUCGUAAUGAUUUUACUGCCAUGGCAUAGUUUUAGUGAAAAUACUCCUCCAGUUUGAUUUUAUUGGUGAUACUAAGACCGAAAAAACACAAAGACAAAUUCCUACGAUCUGGAAACCGGGGCUACUGCUCUUGCCAAGUGAGAGUAGUCGAGUAAGCAAAUCUUACGAGUUUGUUUGUGCUUGUUGCAAAUCUUAAUAUUGGGUUCUAAGCUGCUUUUUGUCUUAGCGCCACCUAUAAGAAACUUAUGACGUCCGGUGGAUUAUUUGCUGGUUUAUAUUCCAUGAAAAGACAAAAACUAAAAGUCUGGCAAAUUCAUGUCGCAAUAAUAAUGUAUUUGUUGUAAUAUUAACAAUGACAUUUUUAUUAUUUUAAGUCUAUUCUUUCCAAGAUAUUAUAGCUAUUUUUGUACUUAGUACAUUAACAUGUUAGCAUAUUCUAUAUGUCAUAAUAAUAUAAAUAUAAGAUCAAUGUCUACUUUCUUAGCACUUAUGCCUUAUACCGUAUAAUUAUAAACUGGUAAAUUGAUGGAACAUAAUAUUAUUGUAUUAUAAUUCGGUGUAUUCACUUUAAUUAUUUUAUUUAAUCAUAACUAUUUUACAAGUUUCCAAAUUACUUUACAAGUUUGCAGUGAUUUGUUAUUCUCGGUUAAGAACUUCUUUAGCUUUUACCAACUUGUAAGCACUGGAUAUGGAAGUUCUAGCGUGCAACACCUUCUUCCCAGCUAUUAGUGACGAAUUCAUAACACAACAUCUGCAGGACCAUUGGAAAACUCUUACUGGAAACAAUUUCUUCUGUUAGAAGAGUAGCAAAAAUGAGUACUAACAAUGAACGUCUCAGGAAUAUUCUUGUAACGUUUACGUCUCAAUCUUCACGAGAUAACUUGAUCGCAGCGUUCAAGGAUUAUAACAAAGUAAAUAGAGAGAAUCCAAUUAAUUCAAACCUAUUGGGCAUCUCUGGUCAUAAACAUAAGAUUUAUAUCGUGGAACAUCUGCCACCCGAAAUUAAAAAACUUCAUAUCGCAACAAA